CAGGACCAUCUUCCUCCAACCACGACUCAAACAUCAGAUCGAAGCUCAACUAUCAACAAACAACAUGAAGCUCACCAUUCUUAUCGCGGCCUUCAUCGGCUUGAUCGCGCCAAUCUCGGCGUGUAUCGAAGACCAUUGCAACAGCUAUUGCCAGUCCAGCAAGCAAGGUGUCGGCGGCUACUGCCAGACGGAUGGGCACUGCGGGUGCAGGUUCGUUGAUGAUGGCGACAAGGCCUAGAGUCCAUGGGUCGCGUGACACACCCGAAGAGCACAUUCGCCGUCAAAGCACGCAAGGACGGACGACUCUACCGCUUGAGUUGGCAUGCCAUGGUGGCUGUGCUGCUCUCAGUGUCAACUGGAUUUCUGCGUUGAGUUUCUCGCAAACGGAACACUCACUUCUGCCGACUCGUCGAAGUCGUUCCUCCUCUGUUCGAUUUGCCUGGGGAGGGGUUUUUUUUUCGAGGCGAGAUAGCUGUAGAGCCUCAAUCCACGCUGCUCUCACC